ACUGAGAACUUCAAACGAUAGCCAACUGUUGAAUCCAACUUUGGCUGAAAAUAAAGGAAACGACGAGUGAGCACAUAUUGGAACCACUCUACGCACUCUCACUUCACAAUCAUGAUCAAGAAAAUGUCGCCUUCAGAGAACGACUUUGAUAUACCGGCGAAGAACUGUUGUAGGAUGGUGAUUUUGGGGUCCACCAAAGUGGGCAAAACAGCCAUCGUGUCUCAGUUUCUGAACGGGAGAUUCGAUGAGCAGUAUACGCCGACCAUAGAGGACUUUCACAGGAAACUGUACAGCAUUAAGGGAGAUGUAUACCAACUGGACAUAUUGGAUACCUCAGGAAACCACCCAUUCCCUGCCAUGAGGAGACUAUCCAUACUGACAGGUGAUGUCUUUAUCCUGGUCUUCGGCUUAGACAACAGAGACUCCUUCGAGGAGGUUCAGAGGCUCAAGCGACAGAUAAUUGAGACCAAGUCUUGCCUAAAAAACAAGACCAAGGAGAACGUUGACGUGCCUCUGGUUAUCUGCGGCAAUAAGGGCGACCGGGAGUUUUACCGGGAGGUGCAGAGUGAAGAGAUUGAGCAGUUGGUGGCUGGAGAUGAGCAGUGCGCAUACUUUGAGAUAUCAGCCAAGCGCAACACCAACGUGGACCAAAUGUUCCAGACCCUAUUCACCAUGGCCAACCUACCCAAUGAGAUGAGCCCGGACCUCCACCGUAAGGUCUCGGUGCAGUACUGCGACAUGCUUCGCACUAAGUCACUGAAAAAUAAGAACAAGAAACACGAUGGAGACGCGUAUGGCAUCGUGGCACCAUUCGCACGGCGCCCGAGCGUCCACAGUGACUUGAUGUACAUAAAAGAGAAGGCGAUCGGUGGCGGGCAGGGAAAGGAUAAAGAGAGAUGUACUAUCAGCUAAGACUGUGAGAUGAAUCGUAUGGAAGAUAUUGUAACUUAAAAGGAUAUGCUUCAUUUGUGAUGCACCUGACAUACGGGGUUUGGGCGCGCAAGGCUGCCCAUGCCGCUUCCGUUGCCCUUAGUGGGGACACUUGAGACAGCGAUGCCGAAAGCCUAUGAGCUCCAGGCGUAAUGACACUGUCUAGAUUCAACCUCUCCACAAACGUGGAAGCGCAUGUUACAUGUCCGCGAGACAUUUAAGAACGUUAGCUACUCUGUUCUGUUAGACCAGAGCCUUAUGUGAUGUGGCUUAAAAUAUUGUGAGAUUAUUCACAACAAAUGUGUAAAAUGUGUUGUUUAGACAUCUUUACAGACAGGCGAGAAAACAGACUCCUGGCGUGGAGUACAAUGUGAAAAAUGUUGUUUACAUUUUGUUAUACAUUUUAUAACAGAUAAUUCAACUUGAAUGUUGCAAUCGGAACAAUUUUGUAUUGUGAAUGUAUAUUUAUUAUUGUAUGUUGACGUCAACUUUUGCAAAGAAAGAAAAAAGAACUGGAAAAAAUAAAUACAAACAUCUGAA